AUGUCUGAAUAAAAAAAAUCUUCUACUCCAAAUAAUAAUGGUUUAGCAGGGAUGAUAGCUGGAGAUAGUGCAAUAUCAACAGUCGGAAUAGGAUUGGGUUUAAACUAUAGAGGAUAUGAUAUUGUAGAUUUAUCAAAGAAUUGUAUAUUUGAAGAAGUUGCUUAUUUGAUAUUAUUUUAAACUCUUCCAAAUUAAUAAUAACUUUCCGAUUUUAUUAGACAAAUUGCUUCAUAGAGAACACUUCCUAUUACCCUAAAAGAAGUUUUAGAAAGAAUACCUUCUAAUGUUCAUCCUAUGGAUGUAAUGAGAACUAUAUCUUCUUUUUUAGGAUUAAUAGAACCUGAAACACAACAAAAUGAUUAAACUAAAGUUGCUUUGAGACUUUUAGCUAUUUUUGGACCCGCUUUAAUGUAUUGGUAUAAUUUUGUACAUUAUAAAGUAAGAAUAUAAGAAAAUACAGGCCCAGAAGAUACAAUAGCUCGAAACUUUGUAAAAUUAAUUCACUUUAAGAAGGAUAUAAAUGAAAAUAUAAUCAAAACAAUUGAUGUGUCAUUAAUUUUAUAUGCUGAACAUGAAUUUAAUGCUUCUACAUUUGCAGCAAGAGUAACAGUAAGUACACUUUCAGAUUUCUAUUCAGGGAUAACAAGUGCAAUAGGGACAUUAAAAGGUCCUUUGCAUGGAGGAGCUAAUGAAGCAGUGAUAUAAUAUUUAGAAAACUUAAAAACAAUUAAGGAUGCUAAUAAUUUUUUAGAAGAAUAAUUUCAAAAGAAGAAAUUAAUAAUGGGAUUUGGACAUCGUGUAUAUAAAAAUGGAGAUCCAAGAAGUGAUAUAAUAAAGGAAUAUAGUAAAUUAUUGAGUGAAACAUAAAAGGAAUUCGGAAAUAAAUAACUUUAUGAAAUAAGUGAACAUAUAGAAAAACGAGUUGUAAAUGAAAAAAAGAAAUUCCCAAAUUUGGACUUUUAUUCGGCUUCUGCUUAUCAUUAGUGUGGAAUUCCUGUUGAACUAUUUACACCUCUUUUUGUAAUGUCUAGAGUCACUGGAUGGUCUGCUCAUAUUUUCGAAUAAAGAUAAAAUAAUAAACUAAUUAGACCUAUGUCUAAUUAUAUUGGACCUAAAAAACUUAAUUUUGUGCCUUUAAAUUAAAGAAGCAAAUUAUGA